AUGAACAGAGAGAGAGAUGAACUAUUAAAUGACAACAUUUAUCAGUGUACGGUUCAUGAAACUUUACCGACACCUGCAUAUGACUGUUCACAAGGACUACAGUUUCAGGGAGGAAGUGGUCAAGACGUUUCAGCAAAACUUACGGUCUCCAAAGCUGUUUUCAACAAAUUUCUUAUUGUUGAAAGAGCCCAUAAGGAAUGGAGAACUAAGAAGCAUAUUCAAGAUGCCAUCAGUAAUAAAGUCCCAGGACUUGUUGGAAUCCAAGUAAAUGGAACUGAAGGAACACAAGAAGAAUUUAAUAAAUAUUGCCUUACAGUCAAAAAUGAUGGAAUUGUUUAUAACAAAAACAUCAGAAAUUACAGACAAUAUGGAGAUACUUACAGGUUUCAGCUGAAUAGAGUAAGAUGUCUGGACAAAAUGGAGUACACAUGUAUUUGUGGAAAAUCUAAUUAUGGCUGGGUUAAGCGAAUAGUAUACCAUUUAAAAACAGAAGAUCCAAAACAGCAAUGCCUUCCACCAAAGCUGCGUAAUUCUCCUUGCAAGAAAGUGGUAGGCAAAUCAGGAAGUAUUAAAGACUCUAAACCUGUAUCUCUAGCUCUACAAAAUCUCAGGUCAGAUGUUAGUGAAAUAAUGCAGCAGAAGAGUACAUUUUCUGAAUAUGUAACAGAAACCACAGUCAUGGAAACACCAGAGGACAACCGACCUACUGAAAAUGAAACAGUGACAAAAUCAGUGUCAGGUAUGGUCACCAUGACAUCUCCAUCUACUGAAGCACCAAAUUCAUCACCAUAUAAAUGUGACACAGUGGCUCCUGCUGAAAUAGAGGAACAUGUGCCGUCUUCCAUGGUGGGAUCUUCUCAGCAGCCACACAGUGGUAGAAAAGAAUCCUCACGUUUCACUACCUCUCCACCAGUCAUUGGCAGAGGACAGACAAAAUCUUUUUUUCUUCGUACAUCUGCAGUUAUAUUCAGCAAUGUUAAUAGCAGAUCACCCCAUUAUUAUUAUCCAACCAAAACUAAUCACCACAGCUCAUUCAAUAUUCAGCACCCUAAGACCGAUAUCACACAUGCAAACAGAAGCCCACAGACAGAUAUCGUAAAGUUGAUGACAAAUGCCUAUACUUUAUCUCCUAACUUCCAGACUCAUACCCAUGCAAAUUCAAACACUGUUUCUAACAGAGAGCAGAGCUAUAACCAUAAGGUGGAUCAUUUUGAGGGCAACAAAUACUCAAACAAAGAACUGCUUUUAAUUAUGUUUUCAUGUAUUAUGGUGUUAAGUUUUGCACUCUAUUUAUUAUACAGAUGUAAGAAAGGAUCGACAAUGCAAACCAGAUGCUUGGAAAACAACCAGAGAACUGAAACAAUCAACACAACUGUGAUGAUGCCACUUGUUUUGCAGAAAAUGCAUUAAACAAAGGUUUUAAUGGAAGGACAAUGGACCAAGCAUGCUACCACAGAACCAGCUCCCCAGCAGGUGGCACAAGACUAAAUAACUAAAUUGGGCCAACAAGUUACAAAUGAGAUAGCCAGUCUACAAUAUGUAAAUGUCUUUUAUUUUCUUUGGACCUCUUUGCCCAUACUCAGCUGAAGCAAAACCAAUACCUUUGAAGGCACCUUUCCUCUAAUUAAACUGCAAUAUUCUCCUGCAAUGAACAUGUCUGAAUGAUUCCUCCUAACUACAUGCUUAGCUCAUUUUGUUCCUAGGUGAAGAACAUGUGAUGACAGACAGUGCAUUUCUCUCUCCGCCUGGAGAUGGUACCUGUUCUGUACAUGGAUUCCAUGGUGUAAUACUGUGGCUAGCCUUCUGGAGCACUGUUCUGAAGGAGUACUGAAGAGACCACAGUGUCAUAAUGCUACAAAACCAAGGUACAGUGCUGAGGUAAAGAAAAAAAUCAGUUCUACAGUGUCUAAAAGGACACUUACCAUAUCUCAGAAAUAAAACAAAUGAUGACGUAUUAAAUCCCAUUAAAGAACAGGAAAACCUUUUCAAAAUCAAUAAAUUAAUAAAUAGACAAAUAGCAGAGCUGUUCUGUUGAAUGUGAGGCUGUUUUUAUCUUUGUUAACCUACCUUUCAGUGCUACUAAC